AGCGCAGGGAGAGUGCGACUCCACACUCAGCAGGCGAUGCGUGGGGCGGACCUCACUCCACUCUCUCCUUUGUUUGGGGGCGUCUCCAUCAUCGUGGUCCCCUCCCCUAUUUCCACUUCCCAUCCCGGGCUGUCUCUCUCCCCAGUGCUCGCGUCUUCUCCCACAGUCCUUUGGGAAGAGGCACAGCGCGGAGCUCCGAGCAUCACACACGACACGGACAAGUCCCGCAGCGGAGAGGAAGCGAGGAAGAAAGAAAGUGUCAUACAUUGUUGACAUGUGACACGAGCGCUUGGUGAUCGGCCCGUGUGACAGCUCCGUGGACUAGGACGCACUUUGAAACACCUUUCGGCUUUCAAUCACGUUUUACGCGUUGGGGAAUUUACACUUUGAACAUGCUUUUUGCACUGUUGUAGCCUGCACUUCUUUCACGGGACUGUAGACUCAGCGGGCUGUGCCAAGAACAAGUGCAACAGAAAGUAACAAGGACGUAAGGACAGGUAAAAGAUAAAAAAGCGGAGAGGCGCGGAGUGUUGAUGUUCGGAAUCCAAGAGAGCAUCCAGCGAAGCGGCAGCGGACUGAAAGAGGAGCCGCUGGGAGGGAUGAACGCCGUCCGGAGUUGGAUGCAGGGAGGAGGCGUGCUGGACGCCAACACAGCCGCGCAAAGCGGAGUGGGUCUGGCCCGGGCACACUUUGAGAAGCAGCCGCCCUCUAACCUCCGCAAGUCCAACUUCUUCCACUUCGUGCUGGCGCUGUACGACAGACAGGGGCAGCCCGUGGAGAUCGAGAGGACCAGCUUUGUGGACUUCAUCGAGAAAGAAAAGGAGACGAGCGGUGAAAAGACCAAUAAUGGGAUUCAUUACCGUCUGCAGCUCCUGUACAGUAACGGCAUCCGAACAGAGCAAGACUUUUACGUGCGCCUCAUUGACUCCAUGACGAAGCAGCCCAUCGUGUACGAAGGACAAGACAAGAACCCAGAGAUGUGCCGAGUGCUUCUCACACACGAGAUCAUGUGCAGUCGCUGCUGUGACAAGAAGAGCUGUGGAAACCGUAAUGAGACACCUUCAGACCCAGUUAUCAUCGACAGAUUCUUCCUCAAGUUCUUCCUCAAAUGCAACCAGAACUGUUUAAAGAAUGCAGGAAACCCACGGGACAUGAGGAGAUUCCAGGUGGUGGUGUCAACUACGGUGAGCGUGGAGGGACAUGUGCUGGCCGUCUCCGACAACAUGUUCGUCCAUAACAACUCCAAACAUGGCCGCCGUGCCCGCAGACUGGACCCUGUGGAGGGGACGCCGUCGUACCUCGAGCACGGAGCAGCUCCCUGUAUUAAAGCCAUCAGUCCCAGUGAGGGCUGGACCACAGGGGGCGCUACAGUCAUCAUCAUCGGGGACAACUUUUUUGACGGUCUGCAGGUGAUCUUUGGGACCAUGCUGGUGUGGAGCGAGCUGAUCACGCCUCACGCCAUCCGGGUCCAGACUCCGCCUCGGCACAUCCCUGGAGUGGUGGAGGUCACUCUGUCCUACAAGUCCAAACAGUUCUGCAAAGGCACCCCCGGACGCUUCAUUUAUACUGCGUUAAACGAGCCCACCAUAGACUACGGCUUCCAGAGGCUUCAGAAAGUUAUCCCUCGGCACCCUGGGGACCCGGAGAGGCUGCCCAAGGAGGUUAUCCUAAAAAGAGCAGCAGAUCUGGUAGAAGCGCUCUAUGGCCUGCCCCACAACAACCAGGAGAUCAUUCUGAAGCGCGCGGCGGACAUCGCAGAGGCCCUGUACAGCGUCCCGCGAGGCCACACCCAGCUCUCAGGCUCCGCCCACUCAGGCAUGAUGGGAGUCAACUCCUUCACCGGGCAACUGUCCGUCAACGUCACCGAGCCAGCACAAGCUAAUCAAGGGUUUGUGCGCAGCUCGAGCAGUGUGUCUCCUCACGGGUACGUGCCCAGCUCCACGCCUCAGCAGAGCAGCUACACCUCGGUCAGCUCCUCCAUGAACGGAUACAGCAACAACAGCGCCAUGACCAACCUGGGAGGCUCGCCCACCUUCCUCAACGGGUCUGCCGCCAACUCGCCUUAUGCCAUUGUCCCGUCCAGUCCCACGAUGGCCUCCUCCACCUCUCUCCCGUCCAACUGCUCGUCCUCCUCUGGGGUCUUCUCCUUUUCUCCAGCCAACAUGGUGUCCGCCGCCGUCAAACAGAAAUCUGCCUUCGCUCCAGUCGUCCGGCCCUCCUCCUCCCCGCCUCCCUCCUGCACCAGCGCCAACGGCAACGGCCUACAAGAUCAAACCUUUGUGGACUCUAGCAAGUACUCAUCAGCCAGCUCUCUACAAGGACUGGCCUUCUCCUGAACUAUCCCAGGAAUGAUUGUCCCGCCCAUGUAAAGGUGCAGAGGGAAACGGACUGCUCGGAUUUUGAGACAAACUUUGGUGCAAGAAGACUCCGGUUUGGGGACAUUAAAACGUGUCUCAUUUUUGAAGGAACUCAAACUCAACUCAGGCCCUUUCUAUCUAAACAUUUAAAAACUAACACACGGACUGAAAAUCUGUUGGUUAGACUUUGUACACGUUUUAUAGGAUUACAUACAAGCUCUCCGCAGACUGUAAACAGGAAAUGUAUUUAUUUUGGAGGGAAUCUACUUCCUGUCUCGAGUGAAUUUACUUUUUGUGCAACAUUUUAAAGUGUGAUAAUCAUAAGUGUAACCUAUGUGAGGGAUUUUUAUUUAUGAAGGAUAAAAUGUGAAGAAAGACACUUGAUGAUGAUGAUGAUGAUGAUGAUGAUGAAGACCUUUGAACAAAAAUAUGGGUCAAAUCCUGGAGACAAAGUUGAGCCAUAUCAGGAGAACAUGUGCUAAACUAUUGCCAAACACUAUACUAUACUUUGUAAACAUACCAACGCUCUCGUACUGAUAAUAAGAUUUUCUGAUUUACCCUUGAUAAGCCUGGUCUUUUCUCCCAAGCAUACUGCCAUCUUGAAUGUUUACUCUUGGCAAUACUCAGUGCACAUUCACUUGGCCUCAAAAACAAAGAACUAUGCAGUAACAUCAAUGAAGAUCAAUUUAAUUAAUAUUUCACAUUAUCUCAAACUAAUUAGUACAGAAAUUUACAUUUAUUUGAGCUACAUUUCUUGGCAAUUCUUUACAUUGCAAGAGAAAACAACAAGUCCAUUCUGCUCAUUUUUUUCUGAAUGGGUUCUUAAAGGAGCACUAUGUAACUUUUCUGGUAUAGGAGGGUACACCACCUGCUUGUCUCCUCGCAUGAGAUGCUAUUGCUUUACCUGGAAUGUUUCACAGUGGCUUUAGACCGAUAUGUUGUAUUUAUUUAGUCACAGUUGUUUUAAAUGGUAAAUAAUAUGUCCAAAACAUGCAGCGAUGCCUUUCCACAGAUCUGAACUGUAACUUAUCACCAGCUUGUCUUUAUUUUUAUAGAUAGGUCUAAAUAGAGACAAGCAAUUCAAUGCAAUAUAAGUUAUAUAUACCAUAAGAUAGAAUUUAUCCCCGAGGAGCAUUUUAAGUAGCCAGGCUGGUGCCACCUAGUGGCUCAAUUUAAUUUCUCUCCAGCGACUAGGUCAGGAAUCAGAAUACAAUAAACGGUUCACAAAAAUCCCGGAAGUUCGAGUUCGGGCACCAGCCAAUCAGCAAAGAGCCAUACAUUCUGUGUUGCCGGAACAAAGAGAAUGUUUGGUGAAUUUUAUCAAGGGGAAAGACGUUAUUGCCCUUCUUCCUAUGGGAUUUGAGAAAAGCUUAAUAUACGUUACGCAUUACAUACGUCACAGCCAAAUAGCAGCAAUUGGUUAAAUGAAAAAUGGUACCCGCCUACCGUCGAGCGAACGAAUUCUAAUGCUGCAAGGUCAGACGGUUUCUUUGAAGUGAAACCGGCUGAUGAAUCAUGCUACAAUUUAAGCACAUUGAGCAGUUAAAAUUAUAAAUAAUAAUAAUAAUAAAUGGCUCAAAUAAAGGUUUUAGUACAAUUUAAUAGGAGAAUUAGUCAAAUAGGGUCAGCAGAUCCUGUGUCAGGGCAAUUUGAGGAGAGCAACAACCAUCAGGACAGAAGUGUCCCUCAUCCGUGUCCUGGUGCUGCCCAGUGAUCAUAAUCAGUGCACAGGGAGAGCAUUGUGGUGGACACUGAACCAAAAAAAGUUACAUAGUGUAUCUAAGUCUAUUCAUACCAUAAAUCCACCUGUUUGUUUACAGAUUUACUCUUUUAUGUGAAAUGCCAUUGCCACGUGCCACAGUGUCUCCAUGUGCCACAGUCUCAGGAUUUGACCCUCUGCCACAGAAGCCCUGAGGUCAAACAGGGGCUCGUCUUAAACUCUGCUGCCACUCACACUCUGUCUUAACCUGUUUGUGUGUGUUUGACUGUGGUGAGGUGCCAUUCACGCUGUGUUUCUUUCACUUUGAUUUCAACUGUGUGUCUUAAAGCUGCACUGUAAUAAUGUCUUACAAGAACACACUUAAUGGAAUUUUAAAUCUAAAUUUUACAUACAUUUCCUUAAGAGAAGUGAGACGGACUGUCCAUUCGGCUAUCCCAGAUACUUACCUAAACAUUAAGUGAGAAUUUGAAACUUGCCACUGAGUUCAUAAACAUUAUUACUUUUUCAAAUUAUUAUAAAGGAAGUUAGACAUUAUUUGCAGUGCUCAGUUCUGUGUCUUAAACAUAGACAUAGAGGAAUAAUGGAUCAGUGGAUAGUUUUAAAAUAUUCAACUACCUAUACUUUUUAACACCUCAUAUUUAAGUUAUAUUUCAUCUUUAUUUAAAAAGGAAAUUUACAAAUACCAGUCUCUGUACAACUACACUAUACUUUGUUCUCAUCUUGCCAAAGUUAGCACACGCCUGUUUUGUAGGCUCCACAAAAAUCCACUGGUCCAUUGUUUCUCAGGUUUCUCUGGUCUUAAACUUUGUGGUUGCUCACUGUGUGGAGUGUGAUUCAAGUCUUAAAACACUUUUGAUUUUGCCAAGGUUUGAAUUUUGAUUUGCCUAAAACAGUCUUAGCCACAUCUUGCCAUACACUGUAAAACCAGUCCACACUUAUAUCAUCUGCGCCUCUGUGAAGGUUCGAUCCGUAGCCAAACGAUCAAAACGUACUUUGGAUCUACUGUCUAAAAUUUUUUGAAUAUUUCUAACAGACUUCUCUAAACCUGACUAGCCACAAACAGAUUUAACUCUCAAUCAAAUAGCAACAUUUGUCAGGAAAAUAUAGCUACUGUGAAUUGUAGUAAUGAAGCUCUUACCUGGGAAAGUCCAAAACAAAAAUACUCCUUCCUUCACCUUUUUAAUGUUCUCAAAUGUUAAAAGCCAUUAUCUAACUGCUCAAUUGGACAACACUUUAUAAAAACUACAAACUACGCAGUCGGGUUUUAUUGUAGUAAUUUAACAUUUAUACAAGCCUACAAUUGUUUUUUGUUUGUCCAUAAAUUGUAGUACACCUCUGCAUAGUUUUCACAGUAGUUUUUUCUAAAGUGCUGCUCAAAUGAAAUACAAAAAGCCAUGUACUAUGUAAUUUAAGUCUGCAGUUUUCUCAUCGUGUCCCAUGUUGUUCAGAGUUGGAGUUAUAGCAUGGUUUUGUUGGAUUUUAGCUGUAGAUUUUAUAAAGUGUGUGUCUUUGAAUGUCUCUGUGUGUCUUCCGUGUGAUGGAGCCAAACUGAGGCAAUGCUAAGAAGCGAGCAAAUUCUUCCUCCGUCGGGAUCAAUCUGAACCUGUAUUGUCCACACCUCCAUUUGAAAUCCCUUCUUCCCUACCUUCUUUUAUCAUAUAGUUUUUCUCCUUCGCUAUUCUUUCUUUCUCAACCCCGCUUCGAUAUUUGGAGAAUAUGAGAAAUGUUUGAGCCUAGUGCUGCACUGAAUCCCAAUAUAUCAAUCAUAUUUUCUGCCAUCUUACUCACUUUUCUUUGCUGUCUAUCUCAACAUCUGUACUUUUCUUUUUUUUUUUAAUACAAGCAUCAUCUGGAGUAGUAUUUGCGUGCACUUACGUACCACUCAGACUAAAUCCGAUCUAAUUAAUUAUAGUAAUGAAGGUCGAAACCAUGACUAAACUUAAUGACCAGGAUGAAAAUAAAACAUAAACAUCAGCUGAUUUCUUUAAUUUGAUCAUCUUGAAGGGAUCUUAUUUAAAAUUGCACUUUUUUUUUUUUCUUGCUUUGCCUGGAAUGUUCCAUAGUGUCAAACAAACGUGAGCAGGGUCCCUCUUCACCAUCUCUGUCUCCAUGGAGAUAGUUAAGUUUAAUGCCAUACCGUGGGACUUUCUAGGUAAUCGUGGUAGAUCCUCUAGCAGAGAAGUUGCGUAAUGCACCUUUAAACAGAAGGAGGAACCACAAUCUCAAGUAACAUUUUUUUUUUUUUUACUACCCAAUUUUUUUAGCUUUUACCUUUCGUUCUAAUCCUCUACUCUACUCUCUUUCUUGAUUUUUUCUUUGUAAAUUGAGCCACAUUUAUCUCUGGAUGGAUCCUCAGACCACUGUCUUCUAUUGAAUGUGACUCUUAAAGUGACAGUACACAUAUACGUAACAGCACAGGUUUCGAAGGAGCACGUCUAAAGUUCUUGUGAUGAUGUAGAUAGGUGCCCGCAGCUCUUGGUCCUGGCCUCAGUGUCUUCAUGCAUAUACAACACGAACAGCGCAGGUGGAAGAGAACAAAUGAACUACUGUAAAGAUGAUGCAGUUUUUUAUUAUUAUUUUGAACUUUGAAGUGUAAGAUAAACUUUUUGACUCUCACUAUAUUUAAUUAAAGUUUUCUCUUCUCUG